AUGUCGUCGCUGCAGGUUACGUCAGCAGUGCCGUCGGCGGCUGCUGCAUCUAUGUCGGCGGCUAUGGCGUCGGCAUCGGCGUCGGCAGUUGCCGAGGCUGCCGAGAACUACUCGCUGUAUGGUCCCAUGAACCCUAACAUCGCGUUCAACUCAGCCAUGGCCGCCAUAUUCGGCAUCCUCUUCAUCCUACAAGCACUCGCUGGUGUGUGGACGCGACAGUGGUGGAUGCUGGUGUCCUUUCUGUGCGCGUGUGCGCUGGAAGUCAUCGGAUAUGUAGGCAGGUCGCUCAGCCAUGACAACACCUCAGACCUCAACGAUUUCUUGCUGCAGUUUAUCUGCCUGACUAUUGCGCCUGUGUUUACGAUGGCGGGCCUGUACUAUCAAUUGGGUAAGCUGGUUGAGAUCUACGGCCACGCGUUUGCGCUUUUGAAAAACCCCAUGCUGUACUCGUACAUCUUCAUCGUCUGCGACUGGAUCUCGUUAAUCAUCCAGGCUGUCGGUGGUGGGAUGUCAGGCAAUGCGGCCGCCAACUACGACGACACCUCUACGGGUGACCACAUUUUUGUUGCCGGACUUGCUUUCCAAGUGGCUUCGAUGACCAUGUUUCUGUUCCUGUGGUUCCAUCUACUCUACCAGAUCUUUGUGGUGACUCGGAUGCAGCAUGUGGGUACCACCAAAGUGUCAAUAUCGUUAUUCCGCAUACCUCAGAGUGAGAUAGAUUACAAGUAUCGAGCCAAGUUUGAAUCUCUUCGACUGCACCCGCAACGGUGGAUUUUUCGGUACUUUCCUUGGGCCUUGACAGUGUCAGUGUUGCUAGUUUAUGUGCGCUGCAUUUAUAGAGUUAUUGAGCUUGCAGAGGGAUGGAACGGAAAUCUGAUUACCCAUGAGGUGUACUUCAUCAUCCUAGACGCACUUAUGAUCUCACUCGCUACCACUAUCAUGACUGUUUUCUACCCUGGCUUUGCAUUCAAAGGCCGGUCAGUCAAAAUUCCCAUCCAAAAGGAUACCGGGGCCAGAGAAGCCUCUGAUGAUGCAAAUGCUGGAGCUGAUUCGCCUACAGAAGCCCUUUUUCCUACCGAAAAGGAGCUAUCCUCGCCACGUCCAGCUUCCAAUAGAAGCUCAAGCUUUCAUUCAAGCUGA